GCUCUUAGUGCAGACAUUAAAUACCGGCGGUUUUUCUGAGUUCUUCUGUCUGAAGCUGCAAUUAUUGCAGCUCAGACGAGCCAGCUGUUGAUGAUGGAAAAGAAUUAUCUUUUAAUAAGAUCAGAGCUUCACAUCUGUGUUCAUAUCAUGAUAAAAACCACCCUCCUCCCCCCACUUUUCGUCCUCUUUGAGCUAAAAGAUUGAGACUGAGCUCCUGGUGUCCAUCAAAACACGUUUCUUUGGGAAAACAGUUUUCAAACCAAUAAUUUACGAGAGAAACUCAAUUUUUAUCAUUAUAUCGGAACGUUUCUUGAGCGUAUCAGGUACUACCUUCCUCGAAUCUCCUCUGCUGUCUGCACGCACUAAUAGGGGCUUACACGAGCUCCCGCCCUCUGAACCGCCGCUCCACCACAUCUGGCAUCCUCCCUGCACAUCUUCAAUCACCGAGCGACCCGCCUGCUGCCGCAGCAUCUUCUGACACACAAACGCUGGUUUUAAAGGGUCGCUGGACGUCAACCGACUGCUCCGUUUUGAUGCAGAAAGGCUCCCCAGGCUCUGUGGAGGUUCAGGUGGUCAUUUCCUCAUUUGGAAGUUGAAGAGGUCGAUGGUGGAACUGCACUCAAACAUCAAGUGGAAGAAGCAGUGGUUUUUCCAACAACAUUUUCAGUGACUCAUCAAACUCAAAGAACUUUUUCAUCUUAAAGGAGUAACAACACUAAUACACAUUUGAAUCAGGAGAAGAAAAAAUCCAGAUUGAAGCAAAUAAAGAAAGACAAACAUGUAAUAUAACCUUCACCUAUGAUCCAAAAUGUGCAAUUACUAGAAGGGAUACAUUAAAAAAGAAAACAUUUUGUUCUUUCACAGAAACCAAGUUCAAAAGAAAAAUGUCCUUAAAGUAUUGUGUAUUUGUUGUGUGUCUCUUCCACAUUUGAGGAACUCGACUCAGAUUUAUCCCGCCCCCCCGCCAACGCAUCAGAUCAAAAUGAAAUUGCACACAUCAAUCCGGAGCCGGUUACACAGAGGAAAAAAAAACAGAAAACAGCAACACUCAGCGACAGGCAGCAGCAGCACUGAGGGAUUAGAGGACACAGCCCUGCAUGUGUACAUGCUUCAUGUACACGACUGUUGUAUCCACAAUGUAGAUUAAAGGCUGACCGCCCCCCACCAUGAAGCAUAAUCUGACCAUCUGAGCUAAUGCAGCCGCCCCGUCGUCCAGUGUUUUUAACCUCACAUGCUGCCCAACGUCACUUAGAGUCGCCUCAAAUCUAGAAACUUGUCUUCCGUUACCUUUUCAUGCUGCCAGGCGCCACGGUUCUGCAGAGAGAUCUUCUGAGAUGGAAAACUUUGUCUCCAAGGGUUCAGGUGUGCAGACGGCGCUGCACCGUGCCGCCAAGGUGGGCAACGCUCAGACGGUAGCCGCUCUGAUUAAUGGAGGCUGUGCUGUGGAUCUACAGGACAGGGACGGGAACACGGCGCUCCACGAGGCGUCCUGGCACGGAUUCUCCCCCUGUGUCAAACAGCUCAUCAAGGCCGGAGCUGAUGUGAAACUCAGGAACAAGGUGGGGAACAUUGCACUUCAUCUGGCGUGUCUGAACGCCCACACUCAGACAGCUCGCCUCCUGCUGCUCGGAGGGUCCAGCCCAGACUCCCAAAACGCUAAAGGGGAAACUCCUCUUCAUGUUGCUGCUGCUCUCAACCACAAGAAAACCGUCCAGAUUUUGCUGGAGGUCGGUGCCGACAGAACAAUCCAGAACCGCGCGGGAAAAACGGCCCUGGACAAAGCCAGAGACAACCGCCACAAAGAGGUGGCUCUUCUUCUGAUGGAUGCCCUACAGGCCGGCUGCCUGAGUAGAAAGACGCCCAAACUGAGACCUAAAAGUGGCUGCAGAGCAGAAACACAACAAGGCAAAGACAGAAGCUCCACAGUAGAGGAAUCACCCAGCAGUGGAUCAACUGACUCCAGGACAGACGUCCAGGCUGGAAAAGAAAACGACUCACCUGAAUACCAGCACGACCAGAGGGAAGCCCUCAGUGAUGAGGAAGAUGCUGGUUCUGUUCCGACAGGAAGAGCCUUCCAGCUGUACACCCUGUACAGAGACAGAGAUGGCAGGAUCCAGCAGGCUCCAGCCAGCAGGUGUCGCUGCGGGCCUCAGCUGAAGAGGCUGGAGGAGCAGCUGAAGGACACACAAGAGGAGACCCGGCUGAAGAUCCUGAAGGUGCAGGAGCAGGUCAGCCGACGGCUGGACAGGAUGGAGCGCCAAAGCAGACACCAGCUGAAAGUGUUGGACGUGAUCAACCAAGACAGAGCAGCUGCAGAGAGGAAGAGCUUAAUGUCCAGGAUGGAGCAGAGUGCAGCACGGAUCAGAGCUGAGGCCAGGAUGGCUCAGGCAGCAGUGAGGCAGGAGCUGAGGAGGUGGUGCUUCUCCUGGGUGGAGGGGGUCCCGGCUGAAGGCCAGUACGAAAAACUGCUGCUUUCUCCAUCGGUGGAACCAUCUGAGGCGGACCCGGAGUCAGCUCCUCUUCUGUCCGGAGACAGCAGCCUGUUGCUGGAGAGCCCGAACACAGAGGAUACGGAGGGGGGGACGUACUUUGAGAUGAAGGUGGACAGAUGUUCAGAUGCUGAGCAGAACUCUGCACUCCCUCCCCCUUCUGCUGAACAAUCCUCUCACCUCCCACUGGACUCUUCUGACCCCUGCUGGCCGUCUUCAGAACUGCAGGGCAGCAGUGAGGGCAGGUCCAGUGUGAACAGCGGGGGGCGUCCUGACAGCUCCACAGUGCUGGAAUUCUUCUCAGACCGACCUGCUGAGCUCACGUUCAGCCAGGAGAGGAACAAUCUGCACGCCAUGGAGGUGACUCAGCGAUUCUUUGAAACCGUCUCGGCCCAGUUGGAGCUCUGGUGCCACAGGAAGAUUCUGGAGGCGGAGCAACAGGCGGAGCUCAGAGCACAGGUGGACAAGAAGGAACUGCUGCAGCAGAUCAGCACACUGGAGGCGGAGCUACAGAAGCUUAAGACCAAUGAGAAUGGUGAAAACUAAAAUUUGAUCUGAGCAUAACUGAUAUCAAACAUGAGGACUUCUUCUUAGAUUCCAGUGGAGAACUAAAGAAUCAAACGUGUUAAAGCAGCAAGAAGUCGUCUGGAUCAUUUCAAGUGUCUUAGACCAGCCAACUUUGAUGUUGAGAUCACGGUUUUUGAGAAAAGACUGACCCAGAUUUGGACACACUUGGAAAAAAUCUGCGCUACUUUUGGAACUUUGGGCUUGCCAGGUAUCACAUAUGCGACUCUGAGGUCAGGAGCCGGGCCAGCCUUGGCUCACAUCAUGUGUUGCUGAUGCAGGCCAGGUCUACAGAUAAACUUGCUAAUAUUAUUACAUUUUUCUACACAUUUUUUUACAUACCUUUAAAAAUAUAAAGUACAGCUAAUUCAAAGUCUUUGUUCAGUAUUAUAAGGUUACAGAGACAUCUCUGCUGGGUUAAGAUGGCAGAAAAUCAAUUGAAGACCCUUUAUCUAUAAAUAAAGAGAAGUUGGGACAGUGGAAACCCUUUUCUGGAUGAAUAUAAGGAUUCAUUCUGUUAGUCAGUCAAACACGGUGGUGGGAGGGUGAUGGUGUGGACCUGAAAUUCACAAUUUCUUAUUUUGAAUAGAAAUCAUUAGGUUAUGGGGUUGGACUCUUAAAUAAUAACAGAGAAAACAUCAGUAGCAUUUUUUUUUGUUUUUUUGGUCAACAGAAAUCAAAUUUCCCAGUUGACAUUUAACACACCAUGAUCAGCGGUCUGCUCUCCACAUCAUCAGCGGUUCUGCAAGUUUGUUGACAAAUUGCGGUUGAUUUGGGCGUGUCCUUUUUGGUGAGUUGGUCCAGCGGGCGGAGCUCUGAUGAAGCUCCUGGUUGUGUAACCCAAUGAUCCUGGUGUGACAUCGGGCUCUCGGCCUCAGCGACCAGCGGCAGCGCAGCAGCUUCUGAAGGGAAAAUCAAAUCAAUGUUCCAUCGACUGUGCGAGGGUGCGAUGGAAAUCUAAUUAAAGCCCCCCAGGCACAGCUGGUUAUUUCACGCAGCCGAGCAGUACAGCUCUAAAGUCCAGCCAAUGGCAUGCGGACAUGCUCUGACAGACGAGCAUCAGCGCGUGCAAACACGAGCAGAAUCGCAAAGUUAAAAUUUUAAGAUAAAAUUCAAUCAGGUAUAACAGUGUUAAAGCAGUCUGGGGUUGUGUCCACAUUCCCUCACUAUUUAAAACACCUUAAGGUGUUAACCAUUUUGUCCAGGUGUCUGAAUAUACAAUUCCAUAAUCCUGGAAAUUUCCCAGAUGUCUUUGCAAAAAAAUUAGCUUAGAUUGACGGAUAUAACCUGGAAUGGAUUGCGCUUGUAUGAUUUAAGCUUCCAAUUAAUUCAUAAAUAGUUUGUAAAAAAUGUUUAUAUUUAUUAAGCUGAGUCAGAAUUGCGUUAAAAUCCAGGGUACAAGAUAGUCCUGCACUUUUUAGGGGUUAGGAAGUAAAGACAUUCAGACAGAUUCUUAUUUUUUUUUUUUUCUAUGAGUUUUUUUCUCACUGAGAAAGAGGGCCUAAGGUCAAGGAUGUCAGGUUAACUUAGUUAAUUUAGCAACCAGCUACUGUUGGUAUUUUGUGACUGACUUUAUGUCUUUGUGCAGUUACCGGUAAGCACACUGAGAUGAUUGCAUUGCGAUAUUGGGCCAUAUAAAUAAAAAUGAAUUGAAUUGAAUAGACAUAAACUGGAUGUACAGCAGAGUAACGCGACGUGGCUCAGGGCUGCCCCGUGGUGCGUUCAUUCAUUUAUCCUCUUUCCUCAUUUUGCUCUCACUUUGUCAUUGUUGUAGUUGCUAAUUAAUCUGGUCUUCUGUUCUAACAGAUUCUGUUUAUCUAUUGGAGCAGAAGUGUUUCUCUCUACUGUCGUGUCUUUUUUGCUUUUUUUCUCUCAGGAUUUUCUGGAAACCAGUAAUGGAAAUUUUGCUUAAAAGUCACUGAACUCCUGUGGACUGAAAUGUACCAUCUAAGAUGUUUUUUUAUUUUAUGUUUUGCUUUGUUUUGGAUGUUUUAUUUGCUGUGUCUGUAUAGUGUUUAGAGAAAUAAGCAGGUCGCUUGUUAAAUAAACUAUAAAAAUGUUUGAUGUCAGUAGUUUCUCUACAUAGUUAACACAGUUCAGAAAAUUGUUUCCUUAAUUUGUUAACCUACUAAAAUAAAUCUAUUAAUGGGGAUAGAUAGAAAUUAAGUUUAAAAGAAACAUACGUAUGACCUUAUUUGCAGAUCAAACAGUUAAGAGAUGUUCCAGUGUCAAUGCUGCACAUCCUUUUGAUUUAAAAGUAAAUGUGUUUCGAUAACAGAUUGGGGGAAAUUUAAACUGAUUUGUUAGGCUUUGCCCACAUAAAGAUGAGUGUCAUCAGCAUAGUAAGAGAACAGCUUGUUGUUUUAUCCAAAAAUCUACUUUACUAAAUCAUCUAUUAACAGAAGAGUAGGGGUGUAGGCAU